AUGGACACUGCUAUGGAAGUCAACCUGGGUGCCGCUGGCCACGGGCCCCGCACAGAGCUCGACAAUGAGGACUACCCUCAGGGUGGCUGGGACACGGUCUUCCUGGUGGCCCUCCUGCUCCUGGGGCUGCCAGCCAACGGGCUCAUGGCAUGGCUGGCCGGCUCGCAGGCCCGGCAGGGAGCGGGCACGCGGCUCGCCCUGCUCCUGCUCAGCCUGGCCCUCUCUGACUUUUUGUUCCUGGCGGCAGCCGCCUUCCAGAUCCUGGAGAUCCAGCAUGGAGGGCACUGGCCACUGGGGACGGCCGCCUGCCGCUUCUACUACUUCCUGUGGGGUGUGUCCUACUCCUCCGGCCUCUUCCUGCUGACAGCCCUCAGCCUGGACCGCUGCCUGCUUGCGCUGUGCCCUCGUUGGUACCCUGGGCACCGCCCAGCCCGCCUGCCCCUCUGGGUCUGUGCCGGGGUCUGGGUGCUGGCCACCCUCUUCAGUGCGCCCUGGCUGGUCUUCCCCGAGGCCGCCGUCUGGUGGUACGAUCUGGUCAUCUGCCUGGAUUUCUGGGACAGUGAGGAGCUGCCGCUGCGGAUGCUCGAGAUCCUGGGGGGGUUCCUGCCUUUCCUCCUGCUGCUUGUCUGCCACGUGCUCACCCAGGCUGCCACCUGCAGAACCUGCCGCCACCAGCCCGGGUCCACGGCCUGCCGAGGCUUUGCCCGCGUGGCCAAGACCAUCUUGUCAGCCUAUGUGGUCCUGAGGCUGCCCUACCAGCUGGCGCAGCUGCUGUACCUGGCCUUCCUGUGGGACAUCUACCCCGGCUACCUGCUCUGGGAGGCCCUGGUCUACUCUGACUACCUGAUCCUGCUCGACAGCUGCCUCAGUCCCUUCCUCUGCCUCCUGGCCAGUGCCGACCUCCGGGCCCUGCUGCACGCCGUGCUCUCCUCCUUCGCCGCAGCUCUCUGUGAGGAGCGGCCGGGCAGCUUCACUCCAGCUGAGCCGCAGACCCAAGCAGACUCCGGGGAUCAGACUCUGCCAGGGCCAGUGGCUGAGGCCCAGCCCCAGGUGAACCCCACAGCCCAGCCGCUGUUGGAGUCCGUGGCCCAGCCACAGUCAGACUCUCUGGUCCAGCCUCAGCUGAACCCCGGGGCCCAGCCCCAGGAGAACCACGGGGCCCAGCGCCAGCUGGAUGCUGGGGCCCAGCCACAGGCAAGCCCUGAGGCCCAGCCCCCUGGACCCCCGGCCAGCUCAGCCCCCAGCCCCUGUGACGAAGCCUCCUCUGCCCCCUCCACGGAUUCCACCCCAGAGGCCCCUGUGAACCCGGCCGAACCUGCUGCCUCCGAGGGAGAAAGCCCCAGCAGCGCCCCCCAAGAGGAGGCCCCGGGUGCAGGCCCCACGUGA